AUGUUCUCAACUAACUUAAUAUCCUUCCUCCUCGCUCUCUCCCCGAUUGCGACUCUCGCAGCCCCCCAUCCUCCUCCUGAAAUCACCUCGUACACUCUUCCUGGAAACAACACCCGCCCCGAAGGUGUAGGCCGCCAGCCCAACUCUCCUUACUUCUAUUCCGGGUCCGUCACCACAGGUUCACUCUAUCGUGGCGAUAUCUACACUCCGGAAAUAGAAGUUUUCAUUCCAAACACCCCUAGCACCUGUCUCGCCGGGAUCAAAAUCGAUGAUCAAGACCGCCUUUAUGCCGCCGGCUGCGCUAGUGGUUCCGUCUUUGUUUAUGAUGUUAAUACGCGCGAUCUUCUGUAUACAUUCACUGUAACCUACAGCGGGGGAUUUUUGAACGACCUGACGAUCGCGGACGAUGGGACUGUAUAUAUCUCUGAUUCAUACCGCCCUUACUUGCUCUACAUCACCCCGGAUCAACUCGCUGCGGAAGAGACAGAGCAGGAACUGAAAGUCUACACAAGGCUUGAUUCAGUGAUCCCUUACACAAACGCAGGCGACGGUGUCCAUAUCGGAAAUGGGCUCGUGGUGACAAAGGACCAGGAAUUUGUGAUACUGGGAAGCUGGGAAGGCAGGGCUAUCUACCGUAUCUCUUUGGAUGAUAGCAAGGAAAUUUCUCCUAUUGACUUGGGUGGAAAGACGGUUGGUAAAGUUGAUGGUCUACUCCUCCGGGGCAAGACUCUCUACUCCGUUAACUCCGACUGGGACAUUGGGCUCUUUAUCGAUGUUAUAGAGAUCGUGUAUCCGUACCUUGAGGCGACACCAGUGGGGACUCUCACGAGUGAUUUGCUGUAUGGGCCUGCGACUGCGGCGUUUGAUGGGGAUGAUUUACUGGUUACAAAUUUCCAAGGGAACUUGCCAAAUCCUCAUCUACCCUUUGAUAUUGUUAGAGUACCACUAUGUCAGAAAGCAUGA